AUGUCUGAGAUGCGUGUUGCUGAUUCCACUACAGUUACUGCACCAGGAAAAGUCUUGCUGACGGGUGGUUAUCUGGUUCUAGAUCGCAGGUUUCAAGGAUUGGUAGUAGCCAUGGAUGCUCGAUUUCAUACAACCAUCAAGUCAAUUCAUCAACAGCAAGACUCAUCUGAUGUUACUUCAAUCAUCCAAGUGGUAUCACCGCAGUUUACUGAUGGGUUUUGGGAAUACAUGAUUCAGUUUCAUGAUCCAACUUGUCAUGAUGAUCAACACCAAAUGGGAGUACCAAGAAUUACUGCAACAUCAUCUACUCCGUUCAAUCCAUUCUUGGAAACAGCACUUUCAUUUUCAUUUUAUGUGCUGCACCAUAAACUGGCCAAUCUUGCACAACUGGUUGGAAAGGGAAUCCAAAUGACAGUGUUGGCUGAUAACGACUUUUAUUCGCAGUCUGCAGAUUUGAAUCGACUUGGAUUAGAAUUAACAGCGACAGGAUUGGGUCAAUUACCAGAGUUUAAUUCCACGCAUGGAACGAUUGCACAAGUCCGUAAGACUGGCUUGGGUUCAUCAGCAGCCAUGACUACAUCUGUUAUUGCCAGUCUGUUGGCUCAUUAUGGUGUAGUGAAUCUAUCGACUGAUAUGACUGUUCGUUGUGAGAAUGAUACUGCUUCUUUGGAAAUACUGUAUAACCUUGCACAGACUGCUCACUGUGUUGCUCAAGGAAAGAUUGGCAGUGGGUUUGAUGUGAGUGCAGCUGUAGUUGGAACUCAUAGAUACCGACGAUUCUCUCCACAGAUCUUGGAUCCCGUAUUUCGUGCUGUAGAGGCUCUUGCCAGCAGUCAUAGCAAUCAUGAAACUGAUGCAAGUGCACUACAAACUGAACUGGCUCAUCAAGUCUAUCAUGUCGUCACCAAAAAAUGGGAUUGGGUCAACACUCCAUUCCAACUCCCACCUGGAAUGCAGCUCAUGCUAGGAGAUGUGGCUGCUGGUAGUAACACUCCCAAACUGGUAUCAACCGUGCUGGCUUGGCAAAAAAGGUGUCCACUUGAGGCCGAGUCAUUGUGGAUCAAGAUUGAUGAGUUGAACAAAUCCAUUCAAACUAUACUCGAGGAUUUGUGUAGUGUGUCCUCGACUGCAAAUGCCGGGAAAUACCAAAAAGCCAUCGAUCUGUGUGCAACCACUACUGCUGCAUCCUGGCAUACGCUGUUGGAAUCUGAAUCACUCGAUCAUUACCCGAUUGUGCAGAAACUUGAGCGUAUCAGUGCUCUUUACCAGGAAAUUCGAGGUUGCCUUUGCAAUAUGUCCAGUUUGUCUGGUGCUCCUAUUGAACCCCCUGAACAAACUAAAUUGUUGGAUGCAUGCAUGGAAAUCCCAGGUGUUUUGAUGUGCGGUGUUCCAGGAGCUGGAGGAUAUGAUGCUAUAUUUUGUAUCGUGCUAUCGAAUACAUCAAAGCAAAGGGUUCAUGCACUAUGGAAAUCAUGGACAGAAAUGGUUGUUGUUCCUCUUCUUAACCGGGAAUCUCAAGAUGGUUUGCGUUGUUUGCAGACUUGGUAAUCUAAUAUAUCAUUCACUUGCAGUUUUAAAUGUGUUUUUGGUUUCUUGGUUUCAAACCAGCUUCUUCAUCUCAAGUGCCUCUAGGCUUUAUGAGCUUGGUUUUGACUGAUAAACGCGACUCCCAUAAAUGGCUUGGUGCCCCAUUGCGUCUUCUAAUCUGCAAUAUAAGUGGUUCUAGCAAAGAUUGCCCUUUUGUGAUAUGAAUGCAAAACUGUAUUCAUGCCUGUUAGUACCAGAAAAUGUCACAGAUAGGCUUAGCUCAACUAGUCGAGUUUGUGCAUGUCUGUAAAAAGUUGAGUCAUAGGGCACUUUGGGCUGUAGAUGUUUGUAAUCCAUACGAUGAGUUGAUUGAACAAGAAGGGGUGGGCUUAUAGUUGAAUGGUAGACACCCAAUCCUUGCAGGAUAGAAAUCAUAGAGGAUCCAUACUGAGCUCAUAUAUAGCCAUGUCAAUAAAAACGCUCGACGAUUUUGCUCCUUGUGUG